AUGCCAACAUCCAAAUCAUCGGUGGAUCAUAGAGAUGUAUAUUAUCGAUUGGGAAAAUCAGCGGGGUAUAGAGCUAGAUCAGCUUAUAAAUUACUUCAUCUAGAUGAAGAAUUCGAUCUUUUUUCAGGUGUGGAAACUGCUGUAGAUCUAUGUGCCGCUCCUGGAAGUUGGAGUCAAGUCUUAGGCCAAAAACUGAAACCAUCGAAAGAUCGUGAUGGGAGAAAAGUGGUUUCAAUCGAUCUUCAACCUAUGGCAAGAUUGCCAAAUAUAACAAUACUUCAAACUGAUAUCACACUCCCCUCAACGAUACCUCUAGUACUCGAUGCUCUAGGAGGAAGAAAAGCAGACUUGGUGGUUUGUGAUGGUGCUCCAGAUGUCACGGGAGUGCAUGACCUGGAUGCAUAUCUUCACUCACAGCUUUUACUUGCAGCUAUAACCCUCUCCCUCACACUUCUAGCUCCUCAUUCCACCUUGAUAUUCAAAAUAUUCUUGUCCCCACUUGACCCUCAAGCUUCCCUGUUAGCGUCACAAUUGAAGUGCUUCUUUCCUGGACCGAUGACAAGCGAAGUGACGUACAAAGAGUUCGAUUUAUCCGCAGAAGAGGAAGAGAGUAUGGAAGUUGAGAUUCAAGAAGAUGAGACACGGACUGGGAAUGUUGGAAAAGCUGGAUAUGAUAUGCGAGGACGACGUGGUGGUGUAUGGGUCAGGAAGCCCAGGAGUAGUAGAGCAGGUAGUGGAGAGGCGUUUAUCGUCUGUCGAAAUUUCGACUCUGCUCGUGUUCCAUUACCACAAACGUUCACUUCCGCUGCCUUGGCUGAGCUGCGACGCCAAACAAGUGGGACAUUGACUCUCGAUUCAUUAUCUUAUCUGGGCUCGAACGAAUUCAAUAUCUCAAAAGAGUGGGAGAUGAUCAAAGGCUACGUUGGUGGAGGAGACCUGAAUCCAAUUGGGUCUUUCCCCACACCCUCGAAAUCGAAGAAUAUAUCCUCUACACCACCGAUCAAUAUCCAACUCCCCGUACCAUCUUCUGAACAGGAACACAGUCUUUCUACUUCACCUAAAGCUUUAUUUGCUCAUCCAACACCAUUGGACGGCCCACCAGAAUACUUUUCCCCUAAACCGUCCCCUGGUCCAUCGAGUCCCACACUCAAACCCGUUGUUCCGCCGGUGUUCCUAUCUCCCGAACGAAUACAUCUCGACACUCAUCGUUUAGCGGGUCCAACGGCGAGGGCAACCGCUUUAGCUCAUACUUUGGGUGAGACUUUAGAUGAGGAUCUUCGACAAUCUUCUCUCGACUCGUUGACACCGAAUCCAUCGCCAAUACAACUAAGUGACCCUUCCAAACCAUGGUCAUCAAGCUCUCAUCUACCACCAGCUGUACAUCAUACCCAUUCGCAUUCUGCUUCAGGUAAACUCAGCGUACCCUCGUCAUUGCCAAGAAUCAGAUCGAGCUCAAAUGCAAGUAUAUUUUCCACGACAUCAACGAGAGAUGACGAAAUGAUAUCGAACAAUGAACCAUUAGUUUCUCCAGCCCUGAGUUCAGCAUCGAAGACGGAUCUGUUCUUCGCUUCCUCGAUCAAAGAUUCGUUACCUCUUCCUCCUAGAGCAUUACCACACGCUACGACAUUAGGUAGAGGUCUGCCAAGUUCAGCCAAAAAGAUUGAAGAUAGAUCAACAAGUAUGCCUUCACGUCAAUCCGAAAAAGAUCAACGGGAUCAAAGAACAUCAGCUUGGGCAGAAGCAAGUUCCAAUAUAGGCUCAAUUGAUCUCACUUCUCCUUUCCCUUCGAGUCAAGGAUACUCCGGUGCGCCUACACCUCCCCGUCCAAUAGCAGAUUUGAAAUUUGGCUUCGAGGAUUUCACUUCUACCUCGAGAUUGAGGUCUAUGUCUAGUCCCGCUCCUUUUCCCGACAAUUUAACAGGUCAUUCCCCUGCAACUUCAAGGUUUCUGAAUACAAAUAUCAACGAAUCAUUGGCCACUCUACCUACUUUGCCUGAUGUGAAUAAUUAUACCACACCUACGAAGAAACGACCAACGAUAGCUGGUCAUGGUAGGAGAGAAUCGCAACAGCUCGAAAGGGAACAUCGUGAAGCUAAAGAAGGUGGCACAGAGGUGAAUACAGGCGAUUUAAUAGGACCUGCAGCAGAGAAUGGAAAUGAUAAACGAGGUUGGACGUUUAUUAGGAAAUUGGGUGAAGGAGCGUUUUCAUCAGUUUGGUCAGCCAUACCUCAAGAUCUCAAUCAUGAAGACGCAGAAAAAGGAAAGGGAAAAGUGGCAGCCUUGAAAAUGAUGGAUAGACAACAUUCAUUACUCGACUCAAGAACCAAAAUAUCCUUUUUGAGAGAAGUUGAAGUCCUAAGACAUAUUUCACAUCCUUCGAUAGUGUCUUACUUGGAUAGCUUCACCACUCCAACCCAUCAUGUUCUGGUGUUGGAGCAACUAGAAGGAGGUGAAUUGUUUGAUUUGAUGUCUGUUGAUGAAAACAGGCGAAGAAUGAUAUUGCCUUGUCCCGAAGAUCAAGAUGGAGAGGGCCUUGUACGAAGGAUAUUCAGUGAACUUACAAGAGGAGUAGGUUGGCUGCAUGAAGUAGGAGUGGUGCAUCGAGAUAUAAAGCUGGAGAAUAUUCUGCUCACAAUGAACCCAUUCAUACUACCACCUACUUCAACUCAAUCAAUACCUCUGAAUCUACUUCCUAAAGAUUCACCUUUAAUCAAACUGACCGAUUUCGGCUUGUCUCGAUUUAUCUCAACUUCAUCACCGUUAUUACAAACUCGUUGUGGAUCCGAAUCCUUUGCUGCACCUGAGAUCAUAAUGGGUAGACCAUACGAUGGUAGAGAAACUGAUGCUUGGGCAAUGGGAGUUGUACUGUAUGGUAUGAUCAUCGGUGAAUUACCUUUUGAUCGAGAGGAAGAAAUCACACCUUUUGAAUCCAUCAAGACCGAUUUAGUGAAUGGGAAUGACACGAAUAAAAGUAAAUCAUUAUUCACACCGAAUAAUACUGAUUAUACAAAUAACAGAUUAAGAGGUAGAAAAAGAAUGAUGAGAAUUGCCAAAGGAGAAUACAGUUUUCCCUCCAAUUCGAAAUAUUCUCUUGGUGUUAAAGAAGUUAUUCAAAGCUUGUUGAUUCGAGAUCCAAAGAAAAGGUUCAAAGUUGGUAAUUUAUGGGAACAUACUUGGAUGUCAUCGAUAAAUCCAGGUGGUGUCAAUAGACCUGCACAACCUAAUCCCACUCCUACUCGUACGCCAAUUUCGACCACUCCGACUACCGAAGAUGCACUCCCAAGCUUGAGCUUGGGACUAGGCUCAAAUGGAAACGCAAGUGAAGAUAAUGGUGAUGGUAACGGAAAUGGAAAUGCAAGAAGAAGAAGAAGAAGGGUUUUAGAUGGGUUUUUGGUCGAAGAAGAUGGUAUCGAGGAAGUUGCUAGAGCGGAAUUAUAG